AUGCCAAAAUUAGUUUUAGUUAGACACGGUCAAUCCGAUUGGAAUGAAAAAAACUUAUUCACCGGUUGGGUUGAUGUUAGAUUAUCUGCCGUUGGUGAAAAAGAAGCCAAUAAAGCUGGUGAAUUAAUUAAAGAAGCUGGUAUUAAUGUUGAUAUCUUAUAUACUUCUAAAUUAUCUAGAGCCAUUCAAACUGCUAACAUUGCCUUAUCAUCUGCUGAUCAAUUGUACGUUCCAGUUAAAAGAUCAUGGAGAUUAAACGAAAGACAUUAUGGUGAUUUACAAGGUAAAGAUAAAGCAGAAACUUUACAACAAUAUGGUCAAGAAAAAUUCCAAACCUGGAGAAGAUCUUUUGAUAUCCCACCUCCAGAAAUCGCUGAUGACUCUAAAUUUACUCAAGUUGGUGAUAUUCGUUACAGAGAUAUCGACCCUGCUGUUAUUCCAAGAACUGAAUCUUUAAAAUUAGUCAUUGAUAGAUUAUUACCAUACUACCAAGACGAAAUCUCUGGUGAUUUACUUGCUGGUAAAACUGUUUUAAUUGCUGCUCACGGUAACUCUUUAAGAGCUUUGGUUAAACACUUGGAUAAAAUUUCCGAUGAUGAUAUCGCUGGUUUAAACAUCCCAACUGGUAUCCCAUUGGUUUACGAAUUAGAUGAAAAAUUGGCUCCAACUAAACCUGCUUACUACUUGGACCCAGAAGCUGCUGCUGCCGGUGCUGCCGCCGUUGCUGCCCAAGGUUCUAAGAAAUAA